CAAUAACCGUACUAUACGUUCUUUUCAUCUUCAUCCAUUCACGUCUACCAUUUCCCGGCAUUAUCCAUGGAUUCCAUCCCCGUAGGUUACUCGGAAAUGUGGAUUAUGAUCAAAUACGACGGUCAAUGGGUGUCAAAUACUUUGUUUUCUAGUAUUCAUGUUGCCGGCAUAACUAUACCGUCCAAUUGUACGUAUGAUGCCCUACGUUCUGAAGUUUGUGCUGCGAUGGGAGAGCCCUAUGCCGGCAAGAACAUUAAGAUGUCAUACGUUUUUGCUGCGUGCCCACCUCCUGUGAAUGUAUGUGAUGACGAUACUCUACUCUUUUAUCUACAAUUGAAGAGUUUGCAAAAGGACCCAAUGCAAAUGCCUUUGUGUGUUGAAUUUGUAUCCGGUGAGGAGGUUGAUGCUACGACUGGAGAGGAUCAGAGCAUCACAAUAUGUGAUGAUAUUCACAAUGAAAGUGGAAUUAAUCCUCCGAGUUAUCUCGAACAGCGUGGUGGCUUAAGUGAUGAAGGCAAUAAUUUCAGUCACACUGUGGAUGCAGACUUUGAACUUGAACACAUUUCGAGUGCUGAAAUUACGAGGUUAAAUUCUCUCGUAGAUGAAGAGAUUCAUAAUAUGCCUGUAGUCAAGCAUUCCGAACCCACGUGCAUUGCAUUGAAUAGCAUCUAUGGAAGCAAGAAGGAACUUGAUUUUCACUUAAAGAUGUAUGCCAUUACCAACUUUUUUCAAUAUAGAACGAAGACUUCUUGCCCGAUGGUUUUGCAUGUUGUGUGUGUUGAUUACCCCAAUUGCAAGUGGGCUGUGCGUGCUGUGUGCGUUGACAAAGUGUCGUUGUUCCAAGUUAAAAGGUAUGCAUUUAUUUCUCUGUGUUUAUUGCCUUGCAUGUCUAUUACUGCCCUGUCACUGUUUUGGUGUUUAUACGUUGUGUGCAUGUGUAUUACUGCCCUUCAUAACAUUAGGUUUAAAAUAAAUGAGCAGUGGUAAUGACGUAUAAAUUUAAUUCCCUAUGAUGCUCUUUUAUGGUUUCAUUGCUUUGUAUAUUACUGCCUACGUAAAAUAAAUUUACAGAAUUUAAUUCCACAGUGUCUAGGACAUAUAAUUUAAUGUCCUAUUACGUUUUUUAUGUUGUCAGUUUUUUGGUUUGUUGGAAAAAAAUGGUAAAAGGGAAAUAAAAUCACUAUUGCAACUUGGGCAUGAAUAUUAUUCCCUUUGUGCACAUGUAAUAUUUUCGUUCCUCUUGGAUUCAUUUUUGCUUCAUGGUAAUGUAUCUCAUUACUGCCCUAUAUGUACUAAAAAGUAAACAUAUUUACUUGCUCACUGAAAAGAACAUAUAAAAUUAAUGCCUUAGUACGUAUUUAAUUAUUUGUAUAAAUUGCUGAAAUAUAUUUUAGUUGGAUUUGUUUAUGGUUUGCACUUUUUAUGUGAUCAUAAUUACAUUAUUUAUUCUUUUUUAUUUGUUAUUACACAUGCAUUAAUUUUGUGUUUAUAUUUUUUUCCCGAUCGAUGUGCAUUAAAUUAUUAUCCAUUCUAAUGCCCUUUAGAUAAUGCCGAAUGUUAUUAAUUUUUUCCAGAUUUGACUCUGAGCACACAUGCCCCAUUGAUUUGCGUCAACGAAAUAACCGCCAGGCUACGUCUAGGAUUAUUGCCGAACUAAUCAAACACGAGUACGGUGAUCCCUCCAAUAAGCCAUACCCUCCGAAAUCAAUCAUGCUUGAUAUGCAAACCAAAUAUGGCAUUUACAUGUCAUACAAAAAAGCAUGGAUUGCCAAAGAAUUGGCAAUGGAAUUGGCUAUGGGAUCUGAAAAACAAUCAUAUGCUCGGUUACCUUCCAUGUGUUAUGUGCUUGAUAGGAGUAACCCAGGUUCUAUUGUUUCUUAUUCAUGCAAGGAAAAUGGUGAAUUUAAAAAUUUUUUCAUGUGCCUUUCUGCAUGGAAAGAUGGUUGGAUUCAUUGCAUUCCUGUUAUAAUUGUGGACGGGUCUUUUUUGAAGUCAUAUUACAAGGGUACAUUACUCACUGCAUGUACACAAGAUGCAAACAAACAAAUAUUUCCUUUGGCAUUUGGUAUUUGUAGUGGGGAAAAUACUGAAAACUGGUCAUGGUUCUUCAGCAUGUUGAAGUGUUCGUUGACGCAUAGGGAUGAUCUAUAUAUUGUGUCUGAUCGGCACGAGGGCAUUAUUAGUGCUGUGCGUUCUGUAUUUCCUCAUGCAGAGCAUGGGUAUUGUGUUUACCACAUUCUGGCUAAUUUGAAAACAAGAUUUCGUGGCUCCCAAACAACCGUGUCAUGGAAGUUUCUGCAAGCUGCUCGUGUAGGAUCUGUGUAUGAGUGUGAAGAGUACCUUCGCAUGCUUGACAGUGAGGAUGAACGUAUUCGUACGUAUUUAGAGCGGAUCGGUUAUGACAAAUGGUCUCGUGCAUAUGCCAGUCGGAAUCGAUACUCGGUUAUGAUGUCAAACAAUGCGGAGUCAUUAAAUGCAGUUAAUGCCACGGCCCGAGAAUACCCAAUCUGUAAGUUGAUAGAGUUUAUUAUUGCUAGGAUGCAAAAGUGGUUCUGUGAAAGGCGAGAAACUUCUACGUCUAACACUUGUCGUUUGUCUACACACUUUGAGUCUGAGCUAGUAGUGUUACAAGCUAUGGCCGCCGUGAUGACAGUGAAACCAUCAUGUGCUUUUGAGUUUGAGGUGUUUGAUAAGAAAUCCCGCUCGUAUGUUGUCAACUUGAAAGAACGUACGUGCACUUGUCGGGAAUUUGAGCUUGAUGGCUUUUUGUGUGUACAUUCCGUUGCUGCUAUUCGCUCUCGACCAGGACUUUCUUGCUACGAUUAUAUAUCAGAAUUCUAUACAGCACAUCAUUGGGCACAAACAUACUGUGGCAUUAUUCAUCCUAUUGGGAGUCCGGAUGGUUGGAUGGUACCCCCUCAUGUUAGUCAAAUCACUUGCAAGCCCCCAUCAUGCGAAACACGACCUCCUGGAAGGCCGAAGAAGAGAAGGAUUCCUUCUACCGGAGAACAUGUUCGGAAACAAGCAUGCACUCGUUGUCACGUGGUUGGACACAACCGAAAGACCUGCAGAAAUCCGAUUCCGCUACACAUGCGUUAAAAACUGCUUUUAAUAGCCAUUUUUUUUAUAUUGUUACGAAUUUAGUGACAUUCACCAGUUUGGUUUUGCUUUCUUUCUGAACAUUCUUGUUAAUGUUAUUUAUUUCUGGAUAUCAAUUCCAUAUGACUUGCUUCCCACCAUGUGUGAAUGAUUGUGCUUUACUAGUUA